UUCAAACGGGACGAUGUUGGAAUUAGCUGUGGGAGGUUGCGCCCGAACUCGCCUCGUUGCAAUCCCCACGUUUUUAUCUUCUAUAAUAUGAAAUAUGAUACUUCGUGUAAUAUUUUUUAGGGAGGGAGUCAUUUGUCAUCGAAGAAAUUUUCAUGGGCGGGUAAGUUAGCCAUCGAUUUCAAAUUUUUGGUACAAGGAAUUGGUUUUAAAAAGAAAACACAUUCCUUUCUCUGACAUUUUCUUUUCAAAGCCAUCAGAACUCCCUUUAGCCGGGGAAUCGGGUCUUUAUCUCUGAUCUAAAUCCAGCCGCCGGAACCCUACAAAACAUGCCAUAACUAUUGGAGAAGGAGAGAGGGAUUUAAAUUGCUAUUUUCUACCUCAUGGCCUCAGCCCCAAAAUCGCUCUCUCCAAAGCGAGUUAUAAAGCUCCUCAAAUCGGAGAAAAACCCUCACUCAGCUCUCUCUAUAUUCGAUUCAGUGACUCGCUUCCCGGGUUAUUCCCACACGCCUUACGUCUUCCACCACAUCCUCAAGCGGCUCUUCGACCCCAAACUGGUCGCUCACGUAAGUCGAAUUGUGGAACUCAUUCGCACCCAGAAGUGUAAGUGUCCGGAAGAUGUUGCAUUAACGGUGAUUAAGGCCUACGCGAAGAACUCAAUGCCUGACCAGGCGUUGGAUAUUUUUCAACGAAUGCACGAGAUUUUCGGGUGUCAACCAGGAAUAAGAUCUUACAAUUCACUUCUCAAUGCCUUAAUUGAGUCGAAUAAGUGGGACGAAGCCGAGUCAUUUUUUCUCUACUUUGAAACGAUGGGUUUGUCUCCAAAUUUGCAAACCUAUAAUAUUUUAAUCAAGAUUUCUUGUAGGAAGAAGCAAUUUGAUAAGGCCAAGGAGCUGUUGAAUUGGAUGUGGGAGCAGGGUUUUAGUCCUGAUGUUUUUAGCUAUGGUACUUUGAUCAAUUCUCUUGCCAAGAAUGGUUAUAUGUCAGAUGCGUUGAAGUUGUUCGAUGAAAUGCCUGAAAGAGGGGUGACCCCUGAUGUGGCGUGUUAUAACAUUUUGAUUGAUGGGUUUUUUAAGAAAGGUGAUAUUUUGAAUGCUAGCGAGAUUUGGGAGAGGUUGUUGAAGGGGCCUUCUGUUUACCCGAAUAUUCCUUCUUAUAAUGUUAUGAUUAAUGGUCUUUGUAAGUGUGGGAAGUUUGAUGAAAGUUUCGAGAUUUGGCAUAGGAUGAAGAAAAAUGAGCGAGGACAGGAUUUAUAUACGUACAGUACUUUGAUACAUGGAUUAUGUGGGUCAGGGAACCUAGAUGGGGCUACAAGAGUGUAUAAAGAAAUGGCUGAGAAUGGGGUGUCUCCUGAUGUGGUUGUAUAUAAUACAAUGCUUAAUGGGUAUUUGCGAGCAGGGAGGAUUGAGGAAUGUUUGGAGUUGUGGAAGGUAAUGGAGAAGGAGGGUUGCCGUACUGUUGUUAGUUACAACAUACUAAUCAGAGGGUUGUUUGAGAAUGCGAAGGUGGAUGAAGCAAUUUCAAUUUGGGAGCUUUUGCCAGAGAAAGAUUGCUGUGCAGAUUCCAUGACUUAUGGGGUCUUGGUUCAUGGAUUGUGUAAGAAUGGCUACUUGAAUAAGGCUUUAUCAAUCUUAGAAGAGGCAGAAAAUGGUAGAGGUGAUUUGGAUACAUUUGCAUAUUCAUCGAUGAUUAAUGGAUUAUGCAGAGAAGGAAGAUUAGAUGAAGUGGCUGGUGUCCUUGAUCAGAUGACUAAACAUGGCUGUAAACCAAAUCCUCAUGUUUGUAAUGCAGUCAUUAAUGGCUUUGUCCGAGCUUCAAAACUUGAGGAUGCACUUCGGUUUUUUGGGAAUAUGGUCAGCAAGGGUUGCUUUCCUACUGUUGUCACCUAUAACACACUCAUAAAUGGCUUAUCCAAAGCAGAAAGAUUUAGUGAGGCCUAUGCCCUUGUGAAGGAAAUGCUGCACAAAGGAUGGAAGCCAAACAUGAUCACAUAUAGCUUGUUGAUGAAUGGCCUUUGUCAAGGCAAGAAGCUUGACAUGGCCCUCAACUUGUGGUGCCAAGCCCUUGAAAAGGGGUUCAAGCCGGAUGUGAAGAUGCACAACAUUAUAAUUCAUGGACUUUGCUCUUCAGGAAAAGUUGAAGAUGCUUUGCAGCUAUAUUCAGAAAUGAAGCAACGGAAAUGUGUUCCAAAUCUUGUAACCCACAAUACUCUCAUGGAGGGGUUCUAUAAAGUAAGAGAUUUUGAAAGGGCAUCAAAGAUUUGGGAUCACAUUUUACAGUAUGGACCACAGCCAGAUAUCAUCUCCUAUAAUAUUACCCUCAAGGGCCUUUGUUCUUGCCACAGAAUAUCAGAUGCUGUUGGAUUCUUGAAUGACGCAGUAGAUCGUGGAGUUCUUCCAACUGCUAUUACAUGGAACAUACUUGUCAGGGCUGUACUUGAUAAUGGGGCUUUGACAUGAUUAUUUGGGCAUGAAAUAUCUUGGGAGCUUUCAUUCUCUUUUCAGAUUCUGUUUGGGGUUAGAUUUGAUGUGACAAGACCUUGCCCUAAAGGGAUAUAUGGAACCAGUCUUUGUACCUGCAUCCAUGAAAGGAAAUCCGGGUUGAAUUUGAUAUUUUGGACAUUUUUGUCAAAUAUUAAGAGUCGAUACUCCAAUUCAUCCAGUCGAUGAAAUGAUCAGUCAGGUGAGAUAGUCGGUCUGCCAAAACAAGACUAGUGCUUGGCUCUCAUUGAAUGUCAUUCAUGUAAGUCUAGGUAUCACCAGAAGCUCAAUGGAAAAUCAUUCUUUGCUUAAAUGAAUUGGAAUGACAAAUAGAGUGGUAUGUGUACUUGCCUGCAGUUGUGCAUUCUCCGUCCAGAAGCCAGGUAAAGAUUAGGGGCAUCUACCUGGUCUUAUAAACUGCAUGGAUCUCUAACAUGAACAGUGUUAUGUUUGGGUGGGGAGGAAGGACUUGGUGGUAGGAGUGGGUGUGGGAGAUAUACCUCAUUCUGAGGUUUUAGUUUCAUGACAGAGACCUCCUUAUUUUUAAAAAAAUACAUUAAGUAAUCUAGAAAUGAAGUGCAACUAUGUCAUAUACCUUUUUCAUAACUUUAUAUUGUUUGUUCUCUCAUAUGAAUGAUUUAUCCAGAGGUAAAAGGGUUAUUAAUUGAAAAUAAAGCAUGGCAUCAACAAUUUCCGUUAAUUUAAGUGACAGUUGAUGAAGGGGAGAUUGCUGCAACUGUAACUAAGCCUCAAGGAAGGGGAGAGUGCUCUUUUUAUAAUUGAGGGAGGUCCCUAAAACUCGACUAAUUUCACCAAACAGGGGUGUAUUUUUGGGGUAGCUUGAAAUAGCUUGUCAACUUGGAUAUCUCAGGUAGAAAGCAUUAUGCUUUUAUUUGGUAUUUGGAUGAGAUGCAGAAAAUCUACAUGCAAUCAUGUAGCUUGUCCACACUAAAAAAAGGUGUCAGAAGAAUAUAAAUAUGUAUUUAAAUCUCUUUGCAUCAAUCUCUAGAUUGUUCUGCCCACUGAAAACUGAUAUAUAAGCUUAAGUUAUUUCUCCCCUUUUUUUUCAAUAUAACGAUGAAGCGGAAUUCAUCAUUAAGCAUCAUAAUGUGGUAACCCAAUUACCUGGGUUUUGGUGAUUGUAGAGAUAUCACCAAGAUCAAAUCUUGAUGAUGCAAAAGCUAAGUGGCCUGAUGUAUCAAACCCAAGAAGUGAGAUUUUGGUUGGGUUUAUUAACUCAUGCUAUAUUGAUCCAAGAUGGUGAAAAAUGAUUUAUUAGAAAUUAAUUUACAGUAGAGUCAAUAAAGGACUUUACUUUUUCUCUUCCAGUCUUUUCCUUUUCUGUUUUUUCUGUCUCUGAUGAUAUCCUCAGCUCAUAGAUGAGUCUCAAAGCCACUAAAAUUGCCCCCUGAACUGCAACUUUCAGCCAAUCAGAUGGACAAGAGAUCAAGUGUCAGCAAUCCCGAUGACUAGCAUGACAACUAAUGCAAGGUAAAUGUUACUUCUGAUUUUUGAUAUAGAAUUUUCUUUGGUAAGCUCUCUAAUCUUCUCAAUUUCCUCCUUAGUUUCUGCUUUUUCUUUAGGUGUUCUUUGCCUCAGGUUCUUGAAGAACAGCCCUUCAUUCUGGUCUUUCUUGAUUUGAACUUCAAAGUCUACUAAAUUCAUCUCACUCCACUCAUACAAAAAAAUUAAAUUAAUGGCGCUUCUAAAUAGUGUCAUUAUUUAUUCCUCAAAAUGGCUAUUAUUGGCACUUGCACGUCCUUGGCACUUUGUAGGGAGAAACAAUGAUGCUUUUUAAAUAAGGGCGUUUUUAGAAGUGUUAUUGUACAAUGAAUUUUAAAUAAUUGUGCUUCUGUAAGCUUUGUUGUAGGAGAAGCUUAACCUUUUUCACACUUUAAAAGCACCACCUUCUUUUUAUUUUAGAAAUACCUUUACUUCCAAAUUACAAGAAAAUACAAACAGUCCCCACAUUCAGGCCAUGUAGUCCCAACACUCGGUACUUGAUAUCCAUAUUCAACUCCCAUUGGCAAGUCCUCCUCUGACUCAACCAGUAAGCUACGGCCGAUCUUACACUGGGAAAGUGCACUCACCGCUCUAUUGCACUUUUUAACCAUUUCUUGAUAUUGAUGUAUUCACUCUAGUUAUUCUAUUUCAAAUAUGUUUAUUCAAUUCGUGGGCCAGUUUUUUCCAUUAAAGUUGAGCCUUCUUAUAAUCAUUCUCUGAUUACAGUUUGGAGGAAAUAUUCUCAAAUUUAGAGGAUGAGAAUCAUGUACAAUGACAAAAAGCAUUGACACCAUCUCUGAAGAGCAACCACCUUGGUUUUGUCAAAUCAUUUUGGGAAGUAAAUCCCUUACAUGCAUAAAUAAUGCCUUUUGGCAUGUUCUGACUAUUUGAUACUUGAUAAGUCGGUCUUUAGGAUAUUGUGUUGACCUUUUAUUUUCUGAUGAAACAGAAGCACUCUGGUGCUUUAUUUGUAAACAGAAGCACUCUUCCUCAAUCUGACUAGAAAGCCUGUAUUUGUAAGAUUUGAUUACAUCAAUCCUGUUGAACGUAAUAGCACAUUUAAAUAAUAUAAGAACAUACUAACUUUGUUGUAGGAAUCACCUAUGCCUUAAAAAUAAUCAUGUUUUAUUUUUAUUUUUAUCAGAAACAAAAUAUUUGUUUAUUAUGGUUAAAAGGAACAUGAGAAGGAUGAGGAGUCCGCCCCACAGUUACAAAAAUGUGAUCAUAAAAAUAAUCAUUCCUUUUUCACAGAGCUUAUUUGAAUCUCGCUGGUCCAAGAUUGCUAUUGAAAGUCAUCAGGUAUCUCUCUAUCUUUGUUCAUUUAUUUUGUUCAACAAGUUCAUGAUAUUUAUUAUAAAUUUGAAUUUAGUUUUUUUUUUAUUGGAAUUUAUCUCAAAUAGUUGUGGUAUAACUUGGAUUUUCUGAACUUGUCGUAAAUAAUUAUGCUCUCUUGUUCAUCAUUCAGGUAAAUUUGUAUGUGAGUUACUGUGUGCAUGAUUACAUGUCCAAGUUGGAAAUAGUUUUCAUAUUUAUUUUUACUGUGGCAGUGGCUUAGGUUGUUUCAAGAUGCAAUUGUUGCCUUUCUGAUUUACGAAAUUGAUUUUUUAUUUCUUCCAACUCGAACUAAAUUGUUGCCUUUUCAACCCUGUUUCUGCUGUGAGUUGUUAAUUCGAUCCAGACCAUGUCAUCUAGACUUAAAAAAAAAAGGAGAAUAAAUUCAUUUUCAAAUUUAAGAUUGUCAGUGGAUGAGUUUAUAUAAUUUCCUUCAAAAUGAUUAGUUUAUCUAACUUCAAAUUCGAACCGUACAUGAAUUAGUGUGAAUUUUAUCUUGAGGAGGAGCAAUGGUUUUGGCGGAUGGAGGUGUUGUCUGCAUUGAUGAGUUUGACAAAAUGAGUAGACGACAGAUAAUUUAAACUAGAAUGGAUCUUGAUACCACUCUUUUUCCUUUUACAUCAUCGUAGUUACGUAGUUCUGACAAGUUCAUCUUUAUGUGGUUCAGAGUUGCCAUUCAUGAAGCCAUGGAGCAGCAAACCAUAUCCAUUGCCAAAGCAGGAAGAGCAACUGGGCCUAAUUCUAGAACUUCAGGGAUGAUCUUAAGGUCCAUGGCUCCUUUCUUGCUCAAAUUGUUCUUUAUUUCUUUUUGAGAUGAAGAGAGCACUUUGAAUAUCCAACUAGUGCUGCAAUAUGAAGAACACUUCUUACAUCUUAUGUGCCUGUUCUUCGGUAACAAUAAUAAUUCAUCCUUUCUUUUAAAGAAAAUUAAUUUUCAUAUUUUCAGGA